AUGACUGUGCAGGGUCCUGAUGGGGGCAUUAUUCUUGCUGGGAAACCUGGCUUAGAAACUCAAAUCUCCUACUCCAGGGUUAAAGCUUCUGAUGCGGAUGCAGGACUCUAUGGCUUUGUGGAGUAUUCUCUUUAUGAUGGAUUCCAAAGCUAUGACGCGUCCCCAGCGUUCCAGAUCGACCCACAUGAUGGACGAAUCUGUGUUUCUCAAGAUAUCGAUAGGGAAAGGGAUCCAGCAACCUAUGACCUCCUGGUGAAAGCUAAGGAUGGGGGUGGACUAAGCGCCCAAGCUUUUGUCCGUGUGGAAAUGGAGGACGUGAAUGAUAAUGAACCUGUCUUUAAUCCGUCAACCUACGUGAUGAGCAUUAGCGGCCAGACCCAGCCAGGCACCGAGAUCAUCAACGUUCUUGCCACUGACAGGGAUUCUGGGAUAUACGGAACAGUGGCUUAUGAGCUCAUUCCCGGAGACCUGUCAUCCCUUUUCACCAUCGACUCCACUACAGGAAUUAUUUACUUAACGUCAACUCUUAGCCAUUUGGAAUCUACUACACUUUUGUUGAUGGUCUGCGCUCGAGAUGGUGGCGGGCUCACAUCUGUCGUCAAUGCUGACAUCACUAUACACAUUCUUCAGACAACACUGGCACCGGCUGAAUUUGAAAGGCCUAAGUAUACUUUCUCAGUUUAUGAAGAUGUACCUGAAGACAGUCCUGUGGGAACAGUGAAAGCAAAAGAGUCCUUGAAUUCCUCGGAACCAAUUUUUUAUAGAAUUUCCUCUGGUGAUUUGGACAGAAAGUUCUCUAUUCACCCUUGGCUAGGUGUCAUUCGAACCCAGAAGCCUCUGGAUCAUGAAACACAGCCCGUGGUUGUGCUCACAGUGCAGGCUCAGCUUGGCAGCUCCCCCGCCUACAGCAGUACAGAGGUCAACAUAACUGUAAUUGAUGUCAAUGACAACCAUCCGGUAUUUCCCAAAGCCUCUGAUGAGAUUCAGAUCCCUCAGACCACAUUUCCUGGCACAGCCCUGUACCUCGCCCGUGCACAAGACAAAGACAGUGGGAAGAAUGGAUUCAUCAGAUAUACGAUCGCAAGCCAGAAUCCAAGCAUCUUUGCCAUCGACUCAGGGCUCGGGGCGGUGUACCUCAAUGAGAGUCUGGGAAGUCACGUGCCCCGGAAGUGCACGCUAACUCUGGUGGCCCAGGAUCUGGGCGUUCCUCCUCGGGCAUCCCUGUUAGUGCUGACAGUUGCGAUUGAAGAGCAGGAGCAAAGCCCAUCUUUGGCUUUUGAAAACUUGGUCUAUCAAGUGGAAGUUAGCGAGUGUCUCUCGUUGAUGACCCAAAUCCUGCAAAUACAGGCCUACCCGCUUGGCCCACAGCGCACAAGCUCGCCGCUCCUGUACUCACUGGAGCCCAGCACGGACUCCGCUGUGUUUGGCGUCCGCCCUGACACAGGCUGGAUUUAUUUGCGGCGACAGCUAGACUAUGAAUCCACACAGACAUAUAAUUUUAGAGCGUUUGCCUGGAUCCCGGAGGACAGAUUGUCGCAAAAUGUGAGCACUUCAGUAAUUGUUCAUGUCCUGGAUGAGAAUGACAAUUCCCCUACCUUCUUGCAUGAUGUGUUGUUUUUGAAAGUCGAGGAGAGCCCUGUUCCCCAAGGGGUAAUAGGCAAAAUUACAGCCAUUGACAGAGACUCGGGAAAGAAUGGACAGCUGUCAUAUUUCCUUUUGUCUGAUGGAAAAUUCUUCAAGAUGAAUCCUAAUACAGGUGAAUUUAUCAGUUGGGUGGCACUGGAUCACGAGCUUCAGGGACACCACCAGGUGACUGUCCUGGUGACCGAUCAUGGCUCCCCGCCACGGAACGCCACCAUGGUGGUUUACGUCUCUGUGACUGACGUCAAUGAUAACAGCCCAUAUUUCCCACAGUGUCUCCCUGGAGAGGAAUUACACGUCAAGGUUCUGGAAGGUCAACCAGUAAAUAUGUUGGUUACAACUGUGUUUGCAAAGGAUUUUGACGAAGGAAACAACGCGGAAGUUGUAUAUUCAGUAUCUUCAGAAGACAGUUCUGAUCACUUCAAGAUUGAUGCCAACAGUGGUGAAAUAAGAACAACCACCAUCCUUUCAUAUGACCGUAGACCUUCCUACAGGAUGACCGUCAUUGCCAGUGACCAGGGAGUGCCUCCUCUUCAAGGCCAGGCAGUCAUUAAUAUCCAGGUGAUACCACUAUCUAAAGGGAGAGCUAUCAUUUCUCAGAAUAUUAGACACUUAGUUUUACCUGAAAACCUGAAGCCCACAAAAAUAAUGAGCUUGAUAAAGUCACCCGAUCACCUUCAACAACAUCAUAAUGGAAAGUUACAUUUUAGUAUUGCUGAAGAUGACAAGGAUGGUCACUUCGAAGUCGACAGCUCAACAGGGGACUUGUUCCUUUCUAAGGAACUUGAUUAUGAAAUGACAUCUCAUUACCUUUUCAGGGUGGUUACUAAAGACCAUAGCAAAACCCCUCCCCUAAAUAGCACAGUCUUCCUUAGUAUUGAUGUGGAGGAUCAGAAUGACCAUUCCCCAUUUUUCCAAGAAGAGUUCGUUGUGAUAAGUGUCGAAGAGAAUGUCCCUAUAGGGACUCUGGUGCAUAUCUUCAAUGCCAAAGAUGGGGAUGGCAGUUUUUUGAACAGUAGAAUUCAAUACUUCAUUGAAUCCCACCACCCUGGAAUGAGUCCAUUUCUCAUCCACCCUUCAUUUGGCACAUUAGUCACUGCAUCCCCCCUUGACAGAGAGAGGGUUCCAACUGUCAUCCUGACAAUAACUGCAUCGGAUCAGGCUGCAAAUGUGACAGACCGGCGAUUGAGAUCACUGAUGGCAAAGGUUGUGAUUUUGGAUAUAAAUGACCACAGCCCCACUUUUAUGUCUUUCCCCAUUGCCCACAUCAAAGAGGAUGCCACGGUGGGCUCCUUGGUGCACCACAUAAGUGCUCAAGAUCCAGAUGAAGGAAGGAAUGGAAGAGUGACAUACAGCAUCAUCUCAGGAAAUGAAAACAUGGCCUUUAUGCUAGACAAGUCAUCAGGCUUACUCACAACCACCUGUCCUUUGGACUAUGAAAUAAAAGCUCAGCACAUACUGACCCUUCUGGCACUGGAUGACGGCAUACCAGCACUUUCUUCAUCCCAGACUUUGACGAUUACCGUUCUUGACGUUAAUGAUGAGGCACCUGUGUUUCAGCAGAAGCUGUAUGAAGCUUCAGUUAAAGAAAACCAAAAUCCGGGGCAGUUUGUCACAAGGGUUGAAGCUAUGGACAGAGAUUCAGGAAUCAAUUCCAAGUUUCAGUUUGAAAUCAUGCCAGGUGCUUCAUCUGGGUUCUUCAAGAUAAAUCCUGACACAGGAGUGGUAGUGACCACCACCGCACUUGACAGAGAAGUUCGGGAAGUUUUCAGCCUUCGAGUACUCGUACGAGAUGGAGGGGUCCCUUCGUUAUCCAGCACCGCGACAAUUCUCUGUACCGUAGAAGAUGAAAACGAUCACGCACCAGAGAUUAUUGUCCCUGGUCAUGACAUCGAGGUUCUGGAAAACCAGGAGCCAGGGGUUGUCUACACUGUUUUGGCUUCUGAUAUGGAUGCUGGCAAUAAUGGAGCUGUCAGGUAUCGCGUAAUUGAUGGAAAUACGGACGGAUACUUUGCUAUUAAUGAAACUUCAGGAGAACUCUCAACCACUCACGCUUUGGACCGGGAGCAGAUCAGCAAUUUUACCCUAGUCAUCCUGUGCUCUGAUCUGGGGGAUCCACCUAGGACAUCUCUAGUGCAGCUGCAGGUUAGAGUUUUGGAUGACAAUGACCAUGGCCCGUCCUUCCCCACGCUGCUUUACCAGGCCUCCGUGAGAGAAGAUGCUCAAGUGGGCACAGUGGUUCUUGUGCUGUCUGCCAUGGACAGGGAUGAAGGUCUGAAUGGACAAACUGAGUAUUUUCUGGUGGAUGAGACUUCCGGGGCAUUCACCAUUGAUGCCGUGGCAGGUACAUUGAGAACCCGCCACACCCUGGACCGAGAAGCCAGAUCUCAGCAUAUGUUCAGGGCUGCGGCCAGAGACCGUAGUGUCCAGGGCUCAAGAAGCACCACGGUCAUUAUAAAAGUACACGUCAUGGAUGUCAAUGACAAUGACCCAGUUUGGGGGCAGAACCCCUUUGAAAUUUUUCUUUUCCCCCAGUCACCUACUAACCAGACAACUGCUGUUCUGACAGCCAGUGACCCUGACUUGGGACCCAAUGGAACUGUCAUUUUUAGUUUUGCAGAGACCCAGUCCAUGUUUUCUAUUGAUAAAUAUACAGGAGAAGUCCGACUUCAGCACUGCCCAUCUUCGGAAUAUUUUCCAAUCUGGCUGCAGUUACAAGUUAGGGACCAAGGGGUCCCAGCUAGGAUGACCACUGGCCUCUUAGUUGUUCACAUGGAGGGAGAAGAUGUAAAGAUUUCCUUCAGCCACCAUCUGUAUAAAGGGACUGUGACCGAAAAUUGUGAUGCAGGUACUUCUAUUGUGACUGUAGCAGCUGUUGCUCCCGACCCAAUACAAGACAGCAUUAAAUAUUCCAUUUUUAGUGGAAAUGAAGAUGGGGUUUUUUCCCUGUGCUCCAGCUCAGGAGAACUCACUGUGAAAGAACCCAAGUUUCUCGAUUUUGAAGUCAGACAUGAAGUACGACUCAUCGUUUUAGCGGAAAGCAGGGGGCACAGAGCCUACAGCAAAGUAGCAGUCCUGAUACAAGAUGUGAAUGAUAACUUACCAUGCUUUGAGCAAAGCGUUUACCACGUGUCAGUGUCUGAAGGCCAGUUCCACAAUGCUCCCAUCAUACAGGUUUUUGCAGCGGACCCAGACAGUGGGAUGAAUGGCCUCCCUGAGUAUUCCAUUCUGUCUGGCAACCAAGGGGAAGCGUUCCGCAUCGACACGCUGAGCGGUGUGAUCACAGCAAAUGCGCUUCUAGAUUACGAACUCACCAGCUCUUACAGCUUGACUGUGCAAGCCACAGAUAAAGGGAUGCCCAGGCUUUCUAGUACAAGUGUGAUCAAGAUACAGGUGACUGAUAUAAAUGACAAUGCCCCAGCUUUUCUCCUCUCUGAAGCAGUGGAAAUUGCAGAAAAUUCUUUGCCUGGUGUAGUUGUGACUCAGAUAUCAGUUCAUGAUGUGGAUUUGAAUCCAGCUUUCAUCUUCAAUUUCGCCAAAGAGAGUAAUCCUGGAACCAAGUUUGCUAUUGAUCGAAAUACUGGAACAGUGGUGCUAGUGAAAACAUUGGAUUUUGAAGAAGCUUCCGAAUAUGAGCUGUUCAUCCAAAUUUCGGAUACCAUGCAUGAAACAGAGGGAAUGCUCGUUGUCCGUGUGGUGGACGUCAAUGAUAACCCACCUGUAUUUUCUCAAGAUUCUUACCAGGUCACUGUUCCCGAAUUGGUGCCUGUGGGAUACUCAGUGCUGACCGUGGCAGCCACGGAUGUAGAAAGCAAUGAGAACAUUACUUACAGAAUCCUUUCCUCUUCUAGGGAAUUUUCAAUUGAUCCAAUGAAUGGCACAAUAUUUACUAUCAAUCCUAUAUUACUUCUGGAUAAAAAAUCAACAAUUCAGUUUCUUGUUGAAGCCAGUGAUGGUGGAAUUCCUGACCUGAGGGCUCUCACCUUAGUAGAGAUAGAAAUGCAAGAUAUGAACAAUUAUGCUCCUGAGUUUGCAGUAGAAUAUUAUAAUCUCAGCUUGAGGGAAGAUGCUCAAAUUGGAGGCACGCUUGUCACAUUUUCCACCAUUGACCAUGACUGGACCCGUGAAAACACACAUGCUGAUUAUUCCAUCAUCAGUGGUAAUUCACAGAACAAUUUCCAUGUGGAAACUAGUUUCAUUCAUUCAGAAUAUCCUUAUAAGCAAGUUGGUUACCUGGUGUUGCUUCAUAGUCUAGAUAGAGAAGCAGCUGCCAGUCACAAGCUUGUCAUUCUGGCAUCUGACCAUGGCUUCCCUCCAUUGAGCUCCACAGCCACUGUAGCAAUAGAAGUACUUGAUGUCAAUGAUAAUCCUCCGAAAUUCCACAGUCUGAAAUACCACGCCCAUGUCAAGGAAAGCACCCCCCUGGGGAGUCACAUCACUGUGGUCUCUGCAACUGACCGUGACGUGGGUUCACAUGCAGAAAUCAUCUACCACAUAAUCUCUGGAAAUGAGAAGGGGCAUUUUCACUUGGAAGAAACAACUGGAGUUCUUUAUUUGAUUAAACCUCUGGAUUAUGAAGAAACGACAAAAUUCACUUUAACUGUUCAAGCUUCAGACGAAGAAAAGAAGCAUUUUUCUUUCACAGUUGUGUUCAUCAAUGUCCUGGAUGAUAAUGACCAUGCACCCCAGUUUAUGUUCUCAAGCUUAACUUGUGCCGUUCCUGAAAAUGUGCCUGUUUUUUCCACUGUAUGUUCUGUACGUGCUUCGGAUUCUGACGCGGGUCCUUACGGAGAACUGGUCUAUUCUGUGGUGUCACCCUGUUCCGUCACUCAUGGGCUGCCUCGUGAUCGUGAUCCCUUCCUCAUUGACCCUUUAACAGGAGAUAUUCACACUCAGCAAGUCCUUGACUAUGAGAAUGACAGUAAGUACUGUCUCACAGUGCAGGCAAAAGACAAAGGGGACUCAACAGCCACUUUAAUGGUUUGGCUGGAUAUCGAAGGGAUAGAUGAGUUUGAACCCAUUUUUACUCAAGAGGAGUAUUUUUUCAACCUUCCAGAGAAGAAUAAAGCCAGAGAGCUGAUUGGCAGAGUGGAAGCGUCAGAUGCAGAUGCAGGUAUGGAUGGAGUUGUUCUCUACUCUUUGGAGACGCCAUCGCCUUUCUUUCUAGUGAAUAAAACUAAUGGAAAUAUCUAUUUGAUCGGAGCACCUCCCCUAAUAAGAAGUCAGUUCCGUGAACAAGACACCAUUGAAAUGAAAAUCAUCGCUCAUAGCCCCAAACCAGAGUCCAAGUUCACAGUCUGUACUGUUUUCGUGAACAUGUCUUCUUUCUCAGAAGGACAACACUCAGUCGUAUCGGGCAGCGGCUUUUCGAUCAGCCUCAUAGUCUCCUUUUUAGUGUUUCUGAUACUCAUCUUCAUUCUGAUUGUACUGAUUUUAAGACAUAAACAAAAAGACACAACAAGCAAUUACGAAGAAAAGAAAACAUCAUCAUCCUUAGAUAUCAGUUUGAGACUGACCACAGACGGCAGCAUGCUCAAGACCUUCCAGAAAACUAACGAGGGCGGUAAUGAGGCAGUGCCCGUGGCCUCCCUGCCUGAGUGGUUGAGCUUAAUAAGUAUCAUGGAGAAGGACAUUGUGAAUCUGUACAGGCACUCAAACUCCAGUGGCCACUGUUCUGUGGAAGGAGAAACUGCAGAAGAUAAAGAAAUCCAGAGGAUAAACGAGCAUCCUUACAGAAAAGAUGCUGGCUCAGCUCUGAGCGACCGGGAGUCCAGGGUCCCAGAUUCUGGAAUCCCAAGGGACUCGGACCAGCUCUCUUGCUUGUCUGGAGAAACUGAUGUGGUGCUCAUUGCUGAAAGAGCAGAAACCAGCCACGCAUUUGAGGAAGAAGAUCGAGAAGGCUGUGGCACAACUUAUGUUCAAAAUAAUGUGUUAACCCAGACAUUAAAGAGGAGAGAGAUAAAAGAGAGCAUCCAGGCUGAUGUCAGGAGAGCGUCUGUCUUUAUUUCAGAAGAUCAGGAAGCAAGGUGCGCGGCUCCUUCUACCCAGAGAACCUCUAAUCACGAUGUGAGAAGCAACUACCACUGGGAUUAUCUCCUCAGCUGGGAACCCAAGUUCCAACCUCUCGCCUUGGUAUUUAACGAUAUUGCAAAACUAAAGGACGAACAUUUACAGACACCUGGCAUUCCUAAAGAGAAGUCUUUGGUUUUCCCACCACCUUUGAUUACCGCAGUCGCCCAGCCCGGGAUUAAAGCAGUUCCACCACGAAUGCCAGCCAGAAUCCCGGGGCAAGUGUUUCACAAAUACCCACACUCCCCACUUCCCUACCAUCUCACUUCUCUGCCUGAAGCCAUGACUCCCAGCUUUUCUCCAUCUCUUUUCCUGCUGACCGCACAGACCCCUGCCGUGACCCCACGGUCAUCACGCGGCGAAUCAUCAGGAACACAUCUGAGUGGUACAGGUCAUGAACUUAAAGCAGAAGAUGAAGUUGAAAUAUAACAUGAUUGUGAUGUCAAAGCAGCUGCCCACCAUUGGUCGUGAAUGGUUGAACAAGACAUUCUUAAGCUAGCUCUUCAAGAUUGGUUAAAAUGCAGUCAGGGUUUUUAGUAUCUCCUCAUUUAAGUUUCUCAAAUUUUGUCCAGCCUUAAUGAGAAGUAACCCCCUCUUUUAACCUUUCUGUUUUGCUCUCAGGACUCAAGUUUGUAUGUAUAAGUAGUGUAUAUCCUGUCAUACCUGGUUUUCUGUAUGAUUUAAUCUCCAAAGGACACCAUGAACUAGAAUGACUGCCAAAAUGUUUCUAGGAAAAUAAGUACAGUGCAGUCCAGUCACAUUACUGCUGAUUACACUGCUAUAUCUAAAAUACAUUAGCAAAGACUGAAUAAGGAAUGAAUGUAGGACAGAAAAUAAUGGAGAGGGGAAAUGGGAAACAAUAAACUUAAAUGUUAAAAUGAAGUGAUUUUUCUGUAGAUCUGGUGUGUUUAGAGAUAUAUUUCUCUCCUUUCCCCAUAUGCCACACUUAAGGAGUUUUGCCAUAAUUUGAAUUUUAAUAUGGUGUCUUUUGAAAAUCUAAUGAGAAAUUAAGAAUGAAGUCUAUCAUAACUGUGCCAAAUAAGAAAAUUAUUCCUGAUUAAGUGAACCAGAAAUGCAUGUUCUUGACAGAGGGCCAGGAUUGAUAGAAGCAAUAAGUAUAUGGUUGAUUGCCACCCAGGACAUAUUUGCUUGGCCUUCUUUAUAAACAGAGUGAUGGUUUGUUUGUUUAU